ACUGCUUUCUCUUUGGGUCUAAUCUAAAUCCGACCUCCAUGGUGCCCUAACCCUACAUGUCCCACGCUCCCAUUGUGACGAGAGCUGCCGCCACGGCAAGACUUUCAGAUCUCGCGGCCGCCGACCUCUAGCCCUACCCCGUGUGACGAGAGCUGCCGCCGCCGUUGCCGGAAGACGCAGCGAUAGCAGGGUUGGGCGGUGGAUUCAUUGGAGGAGAGGCAAAAGGGCUAGGAUGGCUCGGCCGGAUGAUCGUUCCAUCCAUCGGAACCCCCAUUUAGGAGCGGUCGACCCUUACGGGAUUCAUGAGAUUCGGGGGCCUCUUAUGGUCGGCGGGGUGGAAUUCCUUAUCCGAGCGACUGGCUUGUAUCGUGACGUUAACGUGCGCCGGAAACUCUCCUCGAAGCAGCGAUUUGAAGCCUUUUUGCAAUUUCGAGAGCAGGGGUUCAAAAUCUUUGCAACCGAACUGGUUUCUGCGUCCAAAUAUCCUGUUGAUUUGGUUCUCCUCAGCGAUGUGGAUGGACAGAGAUUUCGAAACGAUUACUGGUUUCAUUACAUACUGUUCCGUGACAAAAGUCAUCAUUUCAUUGUGAAUGAUCAAAGUACCGAAAUUGGGGUUGACCACAACUCAUCUAAAGUAACUUCUGGUGAUGAAAGUAAUUUGAUCAAUGAUUACAAGAAGAAUAAAGAAUCACGUUUGCGGAAAUUGCAUUUUACUCGGAAAUAUUUUGCAUACCGGAAAGGUCUUCUGAAGCUUGACAGUAGUCAGUUCAACAAUGAUCCUGAAAAAACUGUAGAAUGGCUUAAAUCUUCAACUGGAUGGUCUGAGCUGCUAGAUGAGGGGCUAAGGCGUGGUUUAAAGAGCCACAUGGACUUUCUGAAGGAACAGAAGAUGAGUAAAAUGGACCAACGUUCCAUAUCUGAGUCUGAAAAUGUAGCUUUGGAGAGGAUCAAUGCGGAGCUGGCUUCGGAACUGGAGAAAAGGCUCGAUACCUCUGACUGGGCGGCGCUCAUGGGUCAUUACUACAACCGCAUGAAAGUACGGAAUCUUGCAAGAGUAUGCUCUAUUCAAGCACAAGCGACCGGAGUUAUUCUGGUUAAGCAGGCUCUACCUGCAAGAGAAAUUUGUAAGGAAAAGAUUGUAUCCACAAGUCCAGAGGUUUUGAAGUUUCCUUUGAUGAAACAAACAGUGAAUCAGUCGCUCGAGGGUUGCUUGGGCUCCCUGCGUCGUAUACAUGAGAAAUUUGGAAGGGGUGUUUCUCGUCGUGUGGCGCUUCUUACUCUCAUUCCUUUUGGUGCAACGCUUGCAACAAUUGGUGGCAUGUACAGUAAGCGCUACGGAUGAAGGCUGCGAAUUGGAGUUGCAGCUAAAUUGUAUCUUGCCUUCCUAUAUGUCA